AUGAAUAAGAAAACCCUUGCAACUGAGCUUGUUCCAAAAAAAGAUACAAAACACAAAUUAAAAAUACAUAUACCAUUCAAAUUAAAAAAAAUUUAUACUACCAAUGAUAAUUCAGAAGAAAUAUAUGAAAAAAACAAGCACCUAUUAUAUACCAAUCCCGAAGAAACUAUAAAUGCAGAAAAACUUAUGAAAGAAGCUGUAACGCAUUUAGAACAGCAUGCUAAAAGUAAAGAUGGUUAUAAAUUAUAUGGUAGAUAUUUUCCUUACCAGAUGUAUUUUUAUAAAAAAAAACAUCAAGACCAUACAGAUGUUGAAAAAAUUCAAUAUAUAAUUGAUAAUCAAAAAAAGUAUAAUGCAUUAAUAAACAGGUUUUGGGAUCCAGAUUGUGACAAUUUUUUAUAUAAAGGCUUGGUUAAAAGAAAAAUUGCCCGUGUGUACAGUCCCAAUUUAGUAAUGAUACAGCAACGUUCCAAAAAAUGGCCAUGGUCUCAUGAGAAAUAUUUUUAUGCUUUAGUUGCAAAAUUUAAAAUAUCAGAAACCAAAACUAUAAUUGUCAUGACUUCAGCAAAUAUAAAUGAUCACAACAGUAAAAAUGAGAAAUCCUUUCAAAAUACAAUAAUAGAAAAUGCAAAUUUAUUCAAAACUGACAUUGAUUCUGAAGAUGAUAUUAGAAAUGGAGAAUUACAAAAAAUGUUUGUUAACUUAAAUGGAUACAUUAUUGAAAAAAAAAAAAAACAUAUUUAUAUAUCCUAUGUCGACUCUAAUGAACAUGGUUCCAUUUAA